UUGAAUACUGUUCUAUAGGAAAUAAUUUAGUAGAUAUUGCGAAUUUAUUUUGUGAGACAGAAAUAGACUACGAGAAGAAUGUCUACAUUAAAGGUUCGGGAUACACAGAGGAAGAUAGAAUUCUUUUUUUAAGGAAAUAUUUUAAUAAAAAUGAUGUAAAAUGUGAAUUACAAAAAAUUAAUAAUCUAGAAGUAGUCGGUCACUUUUUAUGGUUUGUAUGGUGUGUUUAUAUUAUAAAAUCUAACAAUAAUUCAGAGUUUGACUAUAAAAAGUAUAGUUUAUCUAGAUUACAAUAUCUUAACAAUAUAUUUACAUCUGAUGAGUUAAAAAUAUUAUUAUCAUAUUUAAAUUGUUAA